AUGUCGAUGGAUGUGAUUUUAGUUUUAGGGUUCUGCGUGUGCACCGCCAGGACAGCGGUUGGCUUUGGGCUGGACCCUGACCUUCAGAUGGAUGUUCUCACCGAACUUGACCUUGUGAACAGCACCCUCGGGGUCACGCAGGUGUCGGGGCUGCACAAUGGCAGCAAAGCAUUUUUAUUUCAAGAUACUGAAAGAGAGAUCCACGCAGCUCCUCAUGUGAGUGAGAAAUUAAUUCAACUGUUCCGGAAUAAGAGUGAUUUCACCUUUGUGGCCACCGUACGGCAGAAGCCAUCGACGUCAGGUGUCAUACUGUCCAUUCGAGAACUGGAGCACAGCUAUUUCGAGCUGGAGAGCAGUGGCCUGAGGGAUGAGAUUCGGUAUCACUACAUGCACAGUGGGAAGCCCAGGACGGAGGCGCUCCCCUACCGGAUGGCGGACGGGCAGUGGCACAAGGUCGCCCUGUCCCUUAGUGCCUCUCACCUCCUGCUCCACGUGGACUGCAAUCGAAUUUACACUAGGACCCUCCUGACUCCUGACAGCUCUGUUCCUUCAGGCAUUCAUCAAUUCCUGGGGCUCAGAAGCAGAAAACAAAGGCUUUUCAGAGGGAUCAUCCAGGACGGGAAGAUCAUCUUUAUGCCGAAUGGAUACAUAACGCAGUGUCCCAACCUGAACCGCACUUGCCCUACCUGCAGCGAUUUCUUAAGCCUGGUGCAAGGAAUAAUGGAUUUACAAGAGCUUUUGGCCAAGAUGACUGCAAAACUAAAUUAUGCAGAGACGAGACUUAGUCAAUUGGAAAACUGCCACUGUGAGAAGACCUGUCAAGUGAGUGGCCUGUUGUAUCGGGACCAAGACUCUUGGGUUGACGGUGAUCACUGCCGGAACUGCACGUGCAAAAGCGGCGUUGCGGAGUGCCGCCGGAUGUCCUGCCCGCCCCUCAAUUGUUCCCUGGACUCUCUCCCUGUGCACAUCGCGGGCCAGUGCUGCAAGGUCUGCCGACCAAAAUGUAUCUAUGGAGGAAGAGUUCUUGCAGAAGGCCAGAGGAUUUUAACCAAGAGCUGUCGGGAAUGCCGAGGUGGAGUUUUAGUCAAAAUCACAGAGGCAUGUCCUCCUUUGAACUGCUCAGAGAAGGAUCACAUUCUUCCGGAGAACCAGUGCUGCAGGGUCUGUAGAGGGCAUAACUUUUGUGUUGAAGCACCUAAAUGUGGUGAAAACUCAGAGUGCAGAAACUGGAACACGAAAGCGACUUGUGAGUGCAAGAGCGGCUACAUCUCCGUCCAGGGAGACCCCGCCUACUGUGAAGAUAUUGAUGAAUGUGCAGCUAAGAUGCAUUAUUGCCAUGCCAACACUGUGUGUGUCAACCUGCCGGGGCUAUAUCGCUGUGACUGUGUCCCAGGAUACAUUCGCGUGGAUGACUUCUCUUGUACAGAGCACGAUGAAUGUGGCAGCGGGCAGCACAACUGUGAUGAGAAUGCCAUCUGCACCAACACCGUCCAGGGGCACAGCUGCACCUGCAAGCCAGGCUACGUGGGCAAUGGGACCAUCUGCAGAGCGUUUUGUGAAGAAGGCUGCAGAUACGGUGGAACAUGCGUGGCUCCUAACACAUGUGCCUGUCCAUCUGGAUUCACGGGAAGCCGCUGCGAGAAAGAUAUUGAUGAAUGCGCAGAGGGCAUCAUUGAAUGCCACACCCACUCCCGCUGCGUUAACCUGCCAGGGUGGUACCACUGUGAGUGCAGAAGCGGUUUCCAUGACGAUGGGACCUAUUCACAGUCCGGGGAGUCCUGUAUUGACAUCGAUGAAUGUGCCUUAAGAACCCACACCUGUUGGAAUGAUUCUGCAUGCAUCAACUUGGCAGGGGGCUUUGACUGCCUCUGUCCCUCGGGGCCUUCCUGUUCUGGCGACUGUCCCCACGAAGGAGGACUGAAGCGCAAUGGGCAGGUGUGGACCCUGAAAGAAGACAGGUGCUCUGUCUGUUCCUGCAAGGAUGGGAAGACAUUCUGCCGACGGACAGCUUGUGAUUGUCUGAAUCCAAGCGUUGACCUUUUCUGUUGCCCAGAGUGUGACACCAGGGUCACAAGUCAAUGUUUAGAUCAAAAUGGACACAAACUCUAUCGAAGUGGAGACAACUGGACCCACAGCUGCCAGCAGUGUCGAUGUCUGGAAGGAGAAGUAGAUUGCUGGCCAUUCACAUGCCCCAAUUUGAGCUGCGAGUACACAGCUCUCUUGGAAGGGGAGUGUUGUCCCCGCUGUGUCAGUGACCCCUGUCUGGCUGAUAACAUCGCCUAUGACAUCAGAAAAACUUGCCUGGACAGCUCUGGUAUUUCGAGGUUGAGCGGAGCACUGUGGACAAUGGCUGGCUCACCCUGCACAACUUGUAAAUGCAAGAAUGGGAGAGUCUGCUGCUCUGUGGAUCUGGAGUGUCUUCAGAAUAAUAACUGA